GAAAGGUCAUAUCGCGGCGGCGGGGCUGACUGGCGGCAGCUGCGGGCGGGAGCCGAGUGUCCCGUGUGCACGUGCGGCGGAGCGGCGGCCGCAGCUCGGCGGCGGCAGGUCUUCCCGCGUCUCCCCGGAGCUUCGCGGCCCGGCUUGGCUCUCGUGGCCUCCCUGUCCCCCUCGGGCGCCCUUCUGUCAGCCAAGAGGCCGGCGUGUGGGGUCGAGGGGCCUGAGCUCAGGGCGCGGAGAGCUCAGGGCGCGGAGAGCUCCGGGCGGCGAGGACGACGGCGUUGGUGGCGGCUGUAACGACGGCCUCAGCAGGCGGGGAAGAUGAAAGGUAGCCGGAUCGAGCUGGGAGAUGUGACACCACACAAUAUCAAACAAUUGAAGAGACUGAACCAGGUCAUCUUUCCAGUCAGUUAUAAUGAUAAAUUCUACAAGGAUGUGCUAGAGGUUGGCGAGCUAGCAAAACUUGCAUAUUUCAAUGACAUAGCUGUAGGUGCAGUGUGCUGCAGAGUGGAUCAUUCACAGAAUCAAAAGAGACUUUACAUCAUGACGCUAGGAUGCCUUGCGCCUUACCGAAGACUAGGAAUAGGAACUAAAAUGCUAAAUCAUGUCCUAAACAUCUGUGAGAAAGAUGGCACUUUUGACAACAUCUAUCUGCAUGUCCAGAUCAGCAAUGAGUCAGCGAUUGACUUCUACAGGAAGUUUGGCUUUGAGAUUAUUGAGACGAAGAAGAACUACUAUAAGAGGAUAGAGCCUGCAGAUGCUCAUGUGCUUCAGAAAAACCUCAAAGUCCCAUCUGGUCAUAAUGCAGAGACACAAAAGACAGACAACUGAACAAAUUACAAAAGAACUUUCUUGCACUUGCUUGUCGCCAAAUAAAAGAAAGACCCAUUGGUUCCCCUCCCCCUUUUCUUCAGCUUUUCUCCCUUGAUAUUCCUCCUUUCUUUCCUCUUAAAGUUUGUAAUACUUUCAAGGACUCUUUAAAAUGAUCAUGUUUGGAUUGUUUCAGUUCUCUUAUUUUUGUGAGGUGGUUGGGUUGAAAAAAGGAGAAGAUAGAUCUUUAUAGUUUCACAGUUAAGAUGUCCCCUCAAAUUGGGUAUCAGAUGAUUUCAAUUUUUUUUUUUUUAACAUGCUGCUUUCACAUUGAAGGGCAGAGCCUACAAUAUUAUUUCAAAAGAAGCCGCAGCAAUAUCUUUUUCUCUGAUUCAUAGACAAGCUUUGUGUAUUUGUGGUACUUUGAGUUUUAAAGACUAUCUGGGAUGCUAAUCCCUGGCAUUGCCUUCACUUAUCUUUAGUCCUUUGAGAACUCUCAGGAGUUGGACCAUUGUUAUCCUUGGAGAAAAUACUAAGUUUAGGGUUUUAAAGCAGUUUUUCCUCUCUAUUUGCUGAUUGCUGGGGCUGUUUGUGUAGUUAGUAUUAGACUUUGGUCAAAGUAUUUCAGUUAAAUUGUUAUUUAGCUGAUGAGUGGGUUGCUUGUUAGCAGGUGGUUUUUUUUUUGUUUUUUGGUUUGGGUUUUCCUUCCUGCUGUUAAUCUUGUUGCUGGAGGCAUUUUAACUGGUAGAGUAUGAGCUGGUGAAAUUAACUGUUUUAAUAUCCCAGCUAGAGAUAUGGCAUUUAACUGAUCUAAAGAAGAUUGUUAUAAUUGAUAUUUUUUUUUCUUGAUUUUCAGUAAGCCCAAUAAUAGUAUAACCUUAAGUGGAGUUAUAUCCUUGCAAGCCAAUACCCCUAAAUAAAUCCGAAGCAAGUGUUUUCUCUUGGACCUACAAAAUUACAUAAAAAAGCUUAGAUGAACGUGUAACACAUUAAGUGUUAUCUAAUGUCAACUAAUACAGAUUGUUAGAACUGUGGACA